AUGACAAGACAUAACACAAAAACCUGUCAUCUAAAGGUUAAUGAAAACAACAGUCUAGCAGUUUAUCAUGCUGUAAUCUGUACCGUUUUGACAUAUGAAAGUGUAUCACUAGUUGCCUCGGUGAAGGCUCGUCGGAGCCUUUUGCGUCUGUUUUGGGAAAGUGUUUGGGGGCACAGCAAUAAUCCCUAA